AUGCUUUCUUACUGUUAUAGUAUAUUUUUUCAAAAUGGAAGAGAAAAUAUAAAAACAACAGCAAUGGCAAUGAAUGGUAAACGAGUAUUAGCAAAAUACCAUUAUAUGUCGAGUGAUGACGAUGAAAACGAUGUGAAAAUAAUAACUCCCAGACGUAGAACGCCAAGAAUUCCCCGACUUCCUAGACAAUCCACAAUGUCACCAUUGAAAUCUGAACAACGAAUUAAUAUUGAUAAAAGGCCGACAACUCGAAAUCAAAAAGCGUCAUCACCGUUGAAGACAACACCGGUUAAAGAAAAGACAGCUAUUAUUUGGAAACCAACAAAAACAUCACCUGUGAAAACAAAACCUCUGUUAGACGAUAAAAAAUUAGCACCUGAUAUUAAACCAUCAACUACUGAUAAAAAAUUAUCAUUCACAAAAUCAAUGUCAAACAACGAAGAGAAGCCUACAGUUUCAGUUGUGAAACAAAAUAAUUCAACACCUAAGAAGGAACAGUUAUUAACAAAAGCGUCAGAAAAGUCUGUCAUAGAAGCAAGAAAUGACAACGAGAACAGCGACAGUGAUGCAACGGACAUCUAUGAUAUGGGUUCUGUGUAUAAUGAAGUUUUUGCUGCUGUACCAAAGAAUAAAAUAGAAAAUGAAGUUUCAACAUCACCAUCAGUGAAGAAAGAAACGGUAAACCAAGUAACGACAGCUGUUGCUUCAUCGUCAGCAAUAAAGAAGGAAUUCUCACAAACAGGAGUAAGAAAUAGUAUUUCUACACCUAAAAAAAAAUCACAUCAUCAAAUGUCUUCGUCUGACGAAGAUGAGAGAAAACAAAGAGUUCCCAUACAGAAAAAACAACGUAUAUUUAUUAAAAGCUCACCAUCUACAGCGUCAUUAAAUGAAAAACCUAGCAAAGCGAUGCGUGUUGAUAAUGACGAUGACGAUGUAUACACAUAUCGACCAUCAAGAAAUCCCAACAAAGGUAUAAAAUCGUCAGAAAAUGAAAUUAUUGCUAAAAUGGAUGAGGUGAUUGUCAGUGAUGACGAUACGAUGGACGAUGAUGAAUUAAUUACGUUAUCAUCACAGCGUUUUUUGCGCGAUAAUGAUUUGAGUGCAAAAACAAAACGUGCCUUAGCGGACGAGAAACAACGUCAACAACGUCUAGUACAAAAAAAGUUAAAUAUGAGUAAUGAAGAAUCACAACAGCCGUCACAACAAGUAACAUCACCAGAUGAUAAAAAUGGACCAAAACUUAUUUUUGAAAUGGAUAAAGACACUAAUAAACCAUUGAUUGAAGUACAUCCGUCUCUAGUUCGACAAAUGAAACCACAUCAAUUAGAUGGUACGUUAUUUUUAUGGGAAAAUGUUUAUGAAUCAUUAGCAGAAAUUAAAGAAGGAAAACCUGGUCAUGGAGCAAUUUUAGCACACCACAUGGGUCUUGGAAAAACGUUUCAGACAAUUAGUUUUAUUCAUACAUUAUAUAAACAUGUCGAUUUAACUGGUAUUAACACAUGUUUAAUAUUAUGUCCAGUUAAUGUGACAUCAAAUUGGAAGGGAGAAUUUGAUCAUUGGAUAUUAGGAUUAAAACCCUUUGUUCGUGUUUAUCAAUUUGCAUUAUUUAAACAAAAACAUGAACGAUUAGCACUAUUAAGAAAGUGGUAUACAAAAGGAGGUGUAUUACUGAUGGGUUAUGAAAUAUAUCGACGUUUAGCUAAUAGCGGUUAUAAAGAAUAUCUGUUAGAUCCUGGACCAGACGUUUGUAUUUGUGAUGAAGGACAUCAAUUGAAAAAUAUUCGAACAGGCAUAGCAAAAACUAUCAAUAAAAUUAGAACAUCUCGACGUAUAAUAUUAUCAGGUACACCGAUGCAAAAUAAUUUAAAGGAGUAUUAUUAUAUGGUUUCAUUCGUAAAACCACAUUUACUCGGAUCAUAUCGUGAAUUUAAAAAUCAAUUUAUCGAUCCAAUCAAAGGUGGUGAAAAUAAAGAUUCAAAUGCAUACGCUGUACAGUUAAUGAAACGUCGAUCAUAUGCUUUAAAUGAACGGUUGAAACAUUGUAUUCAUCGACGAGAUUUUAAUUGUUUAAGAAAAUAUCUUCCUCCAAAAUUGGAAUAUGUUGUGAAAAUUUAUCUUGGUGAUUUACAAAGACGUUUAUAUUUAAGAUAUUUAGAAAAAGAAAAAAUUGAUCCAGAAGCUGGUUUAAAUACUGCAAAGUUGUUUGCUGAUUAUCAAUAUUUAAUGAAGAUAUGGACACAUCCUUGGUUAUUACGACCACAUUAUGCAGAUCGAUGGAAACGAGAACAAAAACGAAUCAAACAAGAAAAUGCCUCAUCUUCAUCAAAAGAUGAUGAUGAUCUUGAUCCAUUUUUUCAUGAUAUUAAUGAGGGAAUGUCAGAUGAUGAUGAAAAACCAAUAAAGAAACGACAACCAAAGCAAAGAAAAAUUGCCGGAAAGAAAAAAUCAAGAACAAAUAAUCCAUUUUUGGAUCUCGAUGUUGGUGAAGAUGACUCAAGUGAUAGCUCUGAUGAUAGUUCAGAAGAUGAUGCUGCCUCACAUUCAUCAUCCGCAUCUGAUUGUUUGAGUUUAUUUAAUAACAGACAACCAAAAUCCACAAAAUUACAAGAUAAUUUUAUCUCAUCAACUGGAAUAAUGACAAAUAAUACAUGUGAAGCUCAAAUAGAAAAAGAAUGGUGGUAUGAGUAUUUUGAUGAUAGCGCACAAUUUGAUUUAGAAUUAAGUGGAAAAAUUAAUUUUUUAAAAACAAUGUUAAAUGAAUGUGUACUUCUUGGUGAUAAGGUGCUAUUGUUUUCUCGUUCGAUUUAUUCGAUAUCUUAUAUUGAACAAUAUUUAAAAAAAUGGGAUAUGGAAGCACAUACAAGAACAUCAAAACGAGAUGAUAUGGAUCCAACAGUACCUGCCAGAGGUCGAUGGAAAUGUGGCGUUGAUUAUUUUCGAAUUGAUGGUAGUACAGCCAUAAAACGUCGUACAGCUCAUAUUCAAAAAUUUAAUGAAAUAACAAAUAUUCGAUCACGUUUAUUUUUAAUAUCGACAUUAGCUGGAGGAAUUGGUAUUAAUUUAAUUGGAGCAAAUAGAGUAAUUAUUUUUGAUUGUUCAUGGAAUCCGGCAAGUGAUUUACAAGCAUUAUUUCGUGCAUAUAGACUGGGACAAAAGAAGCCGGUUUAUGUGUAUCGUUUAUUGAGCAAAGGUACAAUGGAAGAGAAAAUCUACUUCAGACAAGUUACUAAACAAGCAACCGCACAACGUGUUGUUGAUGCACAACAAUUAGCCAGACAUUUUACACAAAAUGAAUUGAAAGAAUUGUAUGCCUUUCAUCCAGAUGAGAAAGAUGUAUAUGAUAAUAUGACACGUGAACCGGUUGAUACAUUAUUAGCCAAAUGUAUUAAAAAACAUCCAAACAUGAUUCAAAAUUAUAUUGAACAUGAUUCAUUACUUGAAGAUAAACAAAGUGAACAAUUAACAAAAGAAGAAAAAGCUUAUGCAAUUCGUGAAUUAGAAGCAACAAUGGGACAUUAUACACGUGUACCAGAUGAUGCAACCUAUUCCGAUUAUAUGGAAGAUUAUCCCUAUUCAACGGUUGAUAAUAAUCCAUAUCAUCAACCCUUACCCUUAUUAUAUAAUAAAAAUCCAUUUGAAACAAAUUUCCUGUCAUUGUUGUGUCAACCAGCACAAGAAGAAGAAUCGCCACCGAGUAACUCAUACUUUAAAAUUAAUGAUCUUCAACAGGAAGAAAUGACAAAACGAAUACAAAAUCUUACUGGUGGAACAACAACAGCAUCACACCAAAUAAAAGUACCAUCACCUCCACCGGUGACUACACCUGUUGUACAAGCAAAAACAAAAAUUGAAACAGCAACAGCAACACCAGUUCCUCAACAGAAUUCGGUUCAAAAACCCGCUGCUGUUGCUGUUGCUGCUCCUGUUGCGGCUGCUUCUACAGUGAUACCCACACCACCCCAACCAAUACCAUAUAAACCUCCAUCACUUCCUGUAUAUCCUCCGGGGAAAAAACCAUUUCCAACUGUGGAAGAUCUUCUCGAUGAUCCCAUUGCUAAACAAAUUCAAGCGGAAUUACUUGAUGAUCCAGCAGCAAAUCAAAAGCAAAUCAUUAAAAAUCAACGUGAACUAUUAAAAAUGUAUAAAGACAAAAAGAAACAACAAAAACAGCAGGAAAAAUUAGAAAAACAACAAGAAAAAUUACAAAAAACCAUAACAAAAAAGAAAGCACCACCAAUAGAUACAACUUAUAUACCAAAUCCAUAUCAAAUACAAAUUCAUGAAUCUCCAUUCGGACCUCCAAGAAAAAAAUUCUAA